AUGGGUUUCCUCACGUGGUGCUCGCGAUGUGCCACUGGCUUGAGUAUGCUGGUCCUCAUCGGCCUCUGCUACUGGGUCAUAUCCCGAGAAUCGAUGGUUGAGCAGCACGGCUUCAAGUUCGUGGGAACAAGCACCGAAGGCGAAACAUACUCAUCAAAUACAACCAACAUUGGAGCUGGUAUCUGGACUCUCAUCUUCGCCUACUAUUGCCUGUUGAUUCACUUCAUGGUUGCCAUGUUUCCCAUUCGAGCGUGCUGGUCCAUCUGGAGUAUUACGCACUCUCUGAAGCGAGGAGUGCAGAGCAGAGCCAUGGAAGAGUACAAGGACGCUGGCCGUCGCCGCAACAGCUCUUCAUCGUCCGUGGCCAGCUCCGAGACGUUGGCCUCAAGUAACAACAACGGCAUUUCUUCGACGGACAGCGAGCUGAGCGAUUCUCCAUCCGAAUACUAUGUUGUUGGGAAGGACGUGCCUGAAAGCCCCAUCAUCCACGCCAUCGUCAUCCCCAAUUACAAGGAAGAAAUGGACACCCUCCGCGAGACCCUGGACGUCUUGGCCUCUCACCCCCAGGCCCAAAGCCGCUACGAUGUCUACCUUGGAAUGGAGCUGCGUGAGACUGGCGGCGAAUCAAAGGCUCGGAGUCUUAUCCAGCAGUUUGUCAAGAAGUUCCGGUCCAUCGACUAUACGUUGCAUCCAGGAGACAUUCCCGGUGAAGCGGCCGGCAAAGGCAGCAACAUGGCCUGGGCGGCCCGCAAGCUCAGUUCCAAGUAUCCCAUGUUUGUCCGCAAGAACGUCAUUGUCACAGGCAUUGAUGCUGACAGCCACCUCUCGUCACGAUAUUUCGCCCAAAUUUCCAAUCUGCACAUGAUCCAUCCGGAUACCGCUUCCACCACUUUAUAUGCGGCUCCCAUCAUCUUCGACCGCAACGCCCACAACGUGACUGCUCUUGUCCGCGUUGCCGAUGUUCUCUGGUGCGCUGCCGGUAUGUCUGGUCUGUACAAGGGCUCUGCCAUUGCUCCUCCUACGUCUGUCUACUCUCUGCCGCUGGUCCUUGUUGAUCGUGUCGGCGGCUGGGACUGUGAUUCCGAUGCCAUUGGUGAGGAUCUGCACAUGUUCAUCAAAUGCUUCUUUGCUCUGAAUGGGCAUCUCACAUGUCGCACUGUUCUCAGCCCAGUCAGCCAGACCAACGUGACUGGAGGUGGAAAAGGGGGCUUGCGCGGUGCUUACCUGGACAUCAAGGCACGAUAUAGCCAAGCACUUCGACACAUGUGGGGUGCUCUGGACAGCGGAUUCGCAUUGCGCAAGGCAGCCGCGAUGUGGAAGGACAGAAAGUACACAUCCAGAGCCUUCCGUCCUCUGCACCGAUCUGCCAGCGGCGAUGAUUUGGACGCCUAUUUCCCCGAAUCUCAGGUUGAAGAGACGGCAGAAGUGUCAGUCGAUAAUGGUGUGUUCUCCGACAUCACGAGAGACACACUCAAGGAGCCUCACUGGGAGCACAUCUUCUACAUGGGCCACCGUCUGUUUGAAGCACACUUUCUUCCCCUCCAGAUGCUGAUCCUGGUAGUCGCUUCUGCUCUGUAUACGUUUGUCACUGAGGGUAGCGAUGAUCCCAACAACUUAUCAUGGAUCUUUUUGACAUGCAACGUUCUUCGCACUAUGGGCUUUAUGGAGAUGGCUGUCUACAUCUUUCUUUAUGAAAGCUACCACCGAGUUUGCGUGCGCACCCGUGAGAGGGACAUGAUCCAGGCCGGACUGGCUGACGGCAUGUGCUUCUCCCAGCGCUCAUUGAAGAAGAACUUUGUCGACUAUCUCCUUGUUCCUAUGGUAGCUCCUUUGUACGGCGCUAUUCCUUGCGCCCAAGCGGAAAUUGCGCAUUUUUGGACUGCCGAUUUGCAAUAUACCGUCAGCAAGAAGGCUCUUCGGCAGCGGGCAAAGUUUGUAACAGUGGAAGAUAUUGCUUGA